UCAAAUUUUUGGGAUUAAAGAAACCCACUUGCAACCAUAAAAGUAGAAAACGAAAACUAACUUCUUUGACUUCUCUGUUCAUCGACAAUUGUCUGCUUAAUGAAAUAUUUUCCUUCUUGUCCAUGGUGAAAUAAGCAAAUAAUUUCAUUGUUGACCAGGGUGGAAGUUUGCUUUCAAAUAAACAUCGUCCCUCCAUCAACUCAUGACAUAGAGUUUAAUAAUAAAAAGUAUAUAAACUUCGAAAGAGAGGAAAAUAUUUCAGUAAAACAGAGAUCAAGAAUUGCAUCAUCAGCAUCAAACGAAAUAUUCCACACUUUGGUGGGAUGGCUUCUUUCUGUAAUCCCAGUUUGGAAGCUUACUAAAAUUCCUAGUAUACCAUCUUGGCCGCAUCACACAUCUAUUCUCCAAGACUCUUAACUUUACUGGUUUUGUCUACUGGUAAGAAUUAUCAAUCAUCCUACAUUAUUCAGGAGAGAGAUUGGCUUACUUCACUUGACUUCUUCAAUUAUUCCAAGAGUCUUUUAAUUGGCUGAGAAGACUCCGAUUCCGUGAUAGUUGACUCCCAUCUUACUCGUAUCUUGGUUUCAACUCGGUCUUCUUGUUUAUAUUCUCAUUAGUUGAUACCAGCAUUUUAGGAAUCAGAUGGGUAGAAGAGAGUUCUGUAUGAAAGUCGCAUUCUUGCGGUUCUUCUUGUUCAAUUUGUUCUUCUCAUUAGCUUAUUGUUCUAUAAUUUAUAAUAUAACUUCAUCAAGACCAGUCACUCCCGAGCAAACUCUUAACUCUCGCAGCCAAAUUUUUGAGUUGGGAUUCUUUACUCCUAACAAUUCCCACUAUCAAUAUGUGGGAAUAUGGUUUAAGGAAGUUUCCCCCCUGACUGCUAUUUGGGUGGCCAAUAGAGAGAAGCCUCUUACAAACUCCUCAGGAAGUUUAACAAUUGGCAGGGAUGGGAAUUUGAGGCUUCUAGAUGGGCAGGAGAACACUGUCUGGUCUACCAAUAUAUCCGGCUCAUCGAAUGGUUCAAUUGCUGUGCUUUCUGAUGAUGGGAAGUUCAUUUUGAGGGAUGGAAUGAGUGGUUCAACUCUAUGGGAUAACUCUAAGCAUCCAACAGAUACUCUCUUGCCAGGCACAUGGUUGGCCUUUAAUGGGACAAGUGGAGAGAGACUCACCGUUAAUUCCUGGAAAAGUCAUAGUGAUCCUUCUCCUGGGGAUUUCACUGCUGGUUUAUCCCUGGAGACACCAUCUCAAGCCUUUGUUUGGAAAGGGUCAAAACCUCACUGGAGAAGUGGACCAUGGGAUAAAACAAAGUUUAUUGGGAUACCGGAGAUGGAUGCUGAUUAUCAAAGUGGACUGACUCUUAUUGAUGGUAUUCAGCCAGGAACUGCUUAUCUUGACGUUAGUGUACUCAGGAACUGUAGUUACUCAAUGUUUAUUGUUUCAUCUACUGGAGCUUUAAGGUUUUUGUGUUGGGUUCCAGUCAGGGGCUGGUAUGCUAGAUGGGAGGCACCUAUUACUCCAUGUGAGGUUUAUGGUGCAUGUGGACCUUUCGGGGUUUGCCAAAGAUAUGAGCCAAAUCUAACUUGUAGAUGCUUGAAAGGGUUUGUGCCAAAAUCAGAUGAAGAAUGGGGGCAAGGGAACUGGACAGGAGGGUGUGUAAGACGAACAGAACUAAGUUGUAGAAGAAACACAAGUGCCACUAAUGCUACUCAGGGAGGAGAACCAGAUGGUUUCUUGAAGAUUAGUGAGUUAAAAGUUCCUGAUUCUGCCGAGUUCUUGAAGGUUUGGGAUGCAAAUGAAUGCCGUCAGAAGUGCUUGAAUAAUUGUUCCUGCUCAGGUUAUGCAUAUGUAAAUGGGAUUGGGUGUUUGGUGUGGGCAGGAAAACUUAUGGAUAUGCACGAGUUACCUUUCGGUGGACAAGAUCUUUUUCUUCGCCUUGCAAAUGCAGAUUUGGGUGGUGGUGAUAAGAAGGUCAAAGAAAAGCUCAUCAUCAGCCUAGUUAUUAUUUCAAGCGUUGCCGUCAUCAGUGCCAUGAUAUAUGGUUUCAUUAGGUGGAGAGCCAACCAAAGGACUAAGAAAAAUGCUGCAGUUGAAACUCCAAGAGACGCUUCACAACCAUUUAUGUGGAGAAGCCCUGCAGUAGAUAAAGAUCCAGUGGAGCUGCCAUUGUUCGAUUUCAAUAGUAUUUUAAUCGCAACCAACAACUUCGACAUAGGAAACAAACUUGGACAAGGAGGAUAUGGCCCAGUUUAUAAGGGAAAGCUACAAGAUGGCAAGGAUGUUGCAAUUAAAAGACUUUCUAGUAGCUCUAGUCAAGGAAUAGAAGAGUUUAAAAAUGAAGUAAUGUUGAUCUCCAAACUCCAACACAGAAAUCUUGUCCGACUCAUAGGUUGCUGCAUUGAAAGAGAAGAGAAGAUAUUAAUUUAUGAGUUCAUGUCCAACAAAAGCUUGGAUACUUAUCUUUUUGAUCUAUCAAGAAAGGCAGAGCUUGAUUGGACUAAACGGUUCAACAUUAUAACUGGAGUUGCUCGAGGACUUCUUUAUCUCCAUCGUGAUUCUUGUUUAAGGGUUAUACACAGAGAUUUGAAGGUCAGCAAUAUUCUUUUGGAUGAGAAGAUGAAUCCAAAAAUAUCAGAUUUUGGAUUGGCACGAAUGUUUGAAGGCACACAAGAUCUUGGGAGCACUCAUAGGGUUGUGGGAACACUAGGAUAUAUGGCACCAGAAUACCUUUUGGGCGGUAUAUAUUCAGAGAAAUCUGAUGUAUUUGGCUUUGGAGUCUUGAUUUUGGAAAUUGUUAGUGGCAGGAAGGUUAGCAGCUUCCAGCUUGAUUCACGACACAUGAGUCUUCUAGCUUGUGCAUGGCAGUCGUGGUGUGAAAGUGGGGGCCUAAAUAUGCUAGAUGACGCAGUGGCAGAUUCAUUUUCCUCAUCAGAAGUAAGCAGAUGUGUAAAUGUUGGACUUCUAUGUGUACAGGAUCAUGCUGCAGAUAGACCAAGCAUGGCAACCAUAGUUACUAUGUUAAGUGGUGAGAAAACAAAGCUUCCUGAACCAAAACAACCUACAUUUACGUUUCAAAACGUGUCAAGCAGCAGCACGGUUCAAUCACAGAGCAACUCUACCUGGUCUGUGAAUAAUGUCACUGAAUCAGUAGUUGAACCGCGAUAAGUGGCUGCAACCAGCACUACAUGAUUUUGGUGCCUGAAAUAUAGCAGAGGAGUAACCUGAUUAGCUGAGGCUUAGAAGGUUUUGUUUUUCAUUUUUUAAUCAAUUGCUUAUCCAUGGGUCUAGUGCUGCCAAAUUCACUUCUAAAGGUCCUGUUCCAGAGGUAGAUAUACAAGGAGAAGGGAAGGAAUGUAAACGGUAAAUAUAUAGGCAAAUGUGUAUUUAUAGUGCUGAAAACUCUUCAUUUAAGCAAACAGGUCCAUUGUUUAGACUUUGCAUCCACGCAGCAAAGCCCAAGUUGAGCUCAUAUUUCCAGUUAUCUCUUA